AUGUGUGAAGGUCUCCUCUUAGUUCGAGACCCGACUCUGCCGGCCCUUACUGACCUCUGUCGUGUCCCUUCUGGAGUUAGUCUAUCGCUUUGGUGUAUCGAGAAUAUAAGGGAGUUUAUGGUAGAGUUCAAUAGAGUCAUCGCUGAGGUCCAGUAUGAAUGCAACGAGGACACUUGCCCGAGGAUGAGCGCAACUGACGAGUGGCACUUCCUCUGUGCCGCCCAUAGAAAGCCCAUGGACUGCUGUGCUAUCGAUUAUAUGGUGCAUACUGUGGACGGCUCUACCAAUCUUAUACUCAGUUCGAAGAAUUUCCCGGAGAGAACGAAAGUCCCACAGAGUAGUUUAAAGUUCAUUCCAACACUGUACCGCCGUCUAUAUCGUAUUUUUGGUCAUCUAUUUCAUCACCAUAGAGCCUUUUUCUUCAAGGUUGAGGGCCAGAGCAGGAUGUGCGCCAGGUUCACCCAGUUCGUGAGGCUCCAUGGCUUGCUUGGGCCCUCAAGUUCUGGUGGAGAAUCCUCCAGGACCGGCUCGCCAGUAGAGUCGAACCUCUACCUUGUUCCUGAUGCAGCCAUUGGACUCUCCCCUGCCUCGCCACCAUCGAGCCCAUCAUCUGAGGGUGAAUCGAGGGCUGACCCCAUUGGGCCGAUCGAUCGAGAAGAGGAGGCCACUGGAGGGGAGGAGGAGGAGGCAUCUGAUGCCGAGACGGUGAUCCGAGAUGACGAUCCUGCCAAGUGA